AUGGCGGCUACUCGACUUUACACAAAAGGCCGAAUUAUCGGACACAAAAGAGGAAAGAGAAAUUCUCGACCUAAUCAAACUUUAGUUCAGAUCGAAGGUGUUGAUUCAAAGGAGUCUGCUAGACAUUACUUGGGAAAGCGAGUUGCCUACGUCUACAAGGCCAAGCGAGAGAUCAACGGUAGCAGAGUCCGAGUCAUCUGGGGUCGAAUCUCAAGACCUCACGGUAACUCCGGUGCCGCCAAAGCCAAAUUCAGAGUCAACCUCCCCGCUAAAUUAUUCGGUGCUUCCGUCCGAAUCAUGCUUUUCCCCUCCACCAUCUAA